AUGGUCACUUUCGAACAGCUAGUUCGAUUCUCCGUUGGCGAUCACAUGCAUUACGGCAAGGAUCCGAAGAAUGUCUCCACAGAGAACGCUCUAGAUGAUGUGCUCAAAUACACCCCGGGGAAUGAUCUCUCGGAGCGCAACAUUCAGCUCCCUGGGGCGUCUGGCGAUCAAUUUUGCUACGCCAAGUCGUUGGACCAGCUCGCUCCCAUCAGACAUGUUCUCAUCAGCUCCCAGGAGGUGCAGGGCCCGCAGCAGAUGAGCCUGGUCGACGAAAUGAAUGGCCAGGUCAAGCAGACUACCAAUAGCAUUAAUAUUAUUUGGGUGGUGCGCGAGAUCACUGGGCAUCUGUCGCGCGGGAUGAUCCUGAGAAAGGGCACCGUGUUCAUGACUGACACCCCGUCGGGAGUAGGCUUUUUCCGGAAGGAGUUCUUGCAGCACGGAGAUAUGCCGAGGGUGAAGAAAACGGCGAAGUAUCUGUAA